AUGCCGUUCAGCAAUGGCGGCGACGGUGAGCACGACCUACUAGACUCUGUUCUCAGAAACCCCUUCGCGGAACACUCGUACGACUCCUUCACCUCUGCUGUCAGGCCGAAACAGACGAAGCCAGCGGUCAGACGGCGCGGUUCAGAUGCUCCUUCCAGGGGUGAACACAACGAUCAUGAUCCUUGGGACAGCAGCCAUGCGAGAGCCAGGACGUUUGAUUUUGGUCCAGUGGCUAGCACCAGUCAUCAUCCUCUGGUAGGGAGCCUGUGGUUCGGCUCUGACAAUCUUGGGAUCUCAGCGGAGGAUGCGACGCGUCCCCAUUUGAGGCGCCUGCUGAGUGACAUUGAGGUUCCACCUUUUGGCUCUGAAGUAGACGAUGCGCAGUCAAGGGUUGAUACCCCAUUGUCCAGAGAGAUGGAGAAGGAGGUUAUUGUCCAUGAAGUCUUACCGAAAGACUCUCUCGCCGGGGUUGCUCUGAAGUAUGGCAUCACUCUAGCGGAUCUUCGCAGAGUAAACCAACUCUGGGCCUCCGAUUCCAUUCAUUUGCGCAAGGUACUCUAUAUACCUCUAGACAAAGCACGUCGAGCGAAAGAGUUCAGACCCGAUCUGAUAGACCUCUAUGACGACUCUGACCUGUCCUCCGGACAACCUCCUGAUGCAGCAGAGGAUGGUGUCACAGGCCAGACGAGACCUAAACAACUGAAUCAACCCACAAUUCUCCGUGUUCCCAUUUCCCAGCUCUCGUUCUUCCCACCACCAUCGACACCGAGGACCUCAGUCGAAUCUCGAUUUCCUUCUAACAAAUCCCGCACCAUCUUGCACCCUAGGAGCGCAACCGUCAGUAGUACCGCAGUCCCCCCGGUCUUCUCUGCGUCCCCCUUCGGAUCGUCGUCCUCGUCUCCUGCCCCGGGUUUCCUCUCACAUACCCGAUCCCGAACGCACAACUCGAGUACUCUCUUCAACGUUCCUUCCAUCCGCGCGAACAAAAGUAAUGUGAUCGCACGCGUAUCGUUCGAAUCCUCUAGCGUAUCGGUGUCAACGCCGAGCGACGAGCCAGAGUGGGGACACGAGAUGGACGACAUCAGUCAUUUCCCUUCGCCUGCGGCAAGCAGUGGUAAAGCCGUCUCCGAAGAAGAUCCGUACGCACGGUUGACCCUUCUUCCCAACUCUGCAUCAGGCAUCGCUACGGCAGGGAGCUCAGCGACCAGAAGCAAUCGCCGCGGUGGCCGAGAUAACAGUAUAGAACUAUCGCCGUUCCCUGAGACCCGCUCGAGCCCUGUCGCUCGCACACCUACUCUUCGUCGCGGCGAUAGGCCUGCAGCUCCGUCUGCGACUCUUGCUUCUUACCUCCCCUCCGCGGCGUACAUGACUCCAGAUCGUGCAUCAUUAACUUCGCAAUCACAGGCCGCCGUGCGUACAGCCCAGUUGGAACCCUCUCCGGUCAUGCAGUUGCCAUUGAGAACGGGACAAUCGAAGUCGCGGUAG